CUUCUUUUACAUUCUUUUCAAAAUGAAGGAAGUUUCAUUUCUAUUACGUGUGUUCUCCAUGAUGGUGCUACUCCGAUUCUGUUUCUCUCGGGUUUCAGCCAUAACCUGCAUCCAAAAGGAGCGAGAGGCCCUCCUCCAAUUCAAAAAAAGUUUUGGGACGGAUCCUUUUCGUCUAUUGGCUUCCUGGAGUGGAACGAAUUGCUGUAAUUGGUAUGGUGUGGGCUGCAAUCAAACUUCGGGACAUGUUACUAUGGUUGAUCUUCGAAACAAUUGGUUAGAGUUGUCCACAUCUUUCUAUAUCCAUUAUCUUGACUCUAGUUUACUUGAGCUCAAAUACUUAAAUUACUUGGAUUUAAGUGGGAACAACUUUGAUCUUACUCAAAUCUCAAACGUGUUGGGUUCUAUGGUUGAAUUAACAUAUCUUAAUCUUUCUAACUCAAUCUUUGAUGCGAAAGUUCUUCCUCGUCAGUUGGGAAAUCUUACUAAAUUGGUUGUUCUUGAUUUAUCAAAUUAUUUCUUCUAUAACAAGUACGCUGGAUUGAAGGCACUCAAUCGCGAUGUUGAAUGGAUAUCGCACCUUUCUUCCUUGCAGUUCUUUAGCUUGUCUGGUAAGGAUCUUUCAGAGGCUUCCAAUUUAAUGCAAGUGUUAAGUUCUCUUCCGUUAUUGUCAUCCUUAAUAUUGACUGAUUGUAGCCUUCAAAACAACCAAUUGUCUUUCGGUUCCAUGAAUUCUUCGUUUCUUUCUAGAAUUCAACAUCUAGAUUUGUCUAGCAAUAACUUUCAUGGUCCAAUUCCUAAGGUUUUUCACAACAUGACUUCCUUAAAAUUCCUAGACCUUUCGAAUAAUAAGUUAACUUCCACUUCCAUUGAUGGUGGAGUUUCAUCCUUCAUACUUGGAAACAAUUGUAUCCUAAAAGCACUUGAUUUAUCGAACAACUAUGAUCUUGGUGGAGAUGUGUUUGGAAGUUAUGAAAAUGAAUCUAUGGCUUGUCGUCGAUAUGAUCUGCAAGUGCUUAAACUAGAGGGUACAUCUCUGAAAACCAAAAUUCCAGAUUGGUUAGGAAAAUUCAAAGACUUGAGGUCUCUUUCCCUUUCUUCGAGUCACAUUUAUGGUUCAAUUCCUGCUUCACUUGGCAAUUUAUCCCGACUUGAAGAUUUAGAUCUUUCAAACAAUGCUCUAACCGGAGCAAUUCCAACUUCAUUUGGAAGAUUAUUAAAUUUGAGAAUAUUAAUUCUCGAAUGGAAUAGAUUGGAGGAGUUGGGGCAGGAAUGUUUUAUCCAACUUCAAAAUUUGGAGGAGCUAGACAUAUCAAAUAACUCGCUCAAAGGCGUUCUUGAAGAAGCUCAUUUUGCGAAUCUCUCUCAGUUGAAUUUUUUAUUUAUCAGCUACAAUGAGCAUCUUUUAUUGGACGUGAAGUCUAAUUGGGUUCCACCUUUUCAAUUAAGGUUUCUUGAUGCAAGUUCAUGUAUUGGUUGUUUUCAAGGUGCGUUCCCUGAAUGGCUUCGAACACAAAAUGCAUUAGUUCGUUUGUGGUUGUACAAUACAAGUAUCUCAAGUGCUUUUCCAACAUGGUUGAGAGCUCAAAAUCUCAUCAUUUUGGAUCUUUCCCACAACCAAAUUGUGGGGCCAAUUCCUACGAGCGUGGGGGAUCAAAUGCCCAAUUUGCGAUUCUUGUAUCUCAAUCAUAAUCUUAUCAAUGAUUCUUUACCCCUCUCAUUUUGCAAGUUGAAGAUUUUGACUGAAGUGGAUCUUUCAAAUAAUGAGUUUUCAGGAAUGGUUCAAGGUUGUUGGCUGACUUCAAACUUGAUGUAUUUGGAUUUGUCUUCGAACAACUUUUCAGGAACAUUUCCAUAUUCCCAUGGAAAUCUUUCGAGGGUUGAAAUGUUGAACUUGAGAAGCAACAAGUUUGAGGGGUCCAUGCCAAGUGUCUUGAAAGAUGCUAGAGAUUUGAAUUUUUUAGAUCUUGGCAUGAAUAAAUUCUCUGGAAACAUCCCCAUGUGGGUGGGUAAUAAUCUUGGAGAUUUGAAAUGUCUGAUGCUACGAGGUAAUUUGUUCAAUGGUACCAUUCCUUCAAGUCUCUGCAAUCUCACAUGGUUAACCAAUUUGGAUCUUGCACAUAACCAAUUAGAAGGACCUAUCCCACAAAAUAUUCGCAACUUUUAUGCAAUGACAGAAAAGUUAUAUGCUGGCUUUUCCUUCUCUAGAGAGGCAGAUGUUGCCUUUUCCGAUUAUAGGGAGAAAAGUAUAAGUCAGUUCAUCAAAUCUAAUGAAUUAGAUUACACCAUGAAGCAACUAGAACGGAUGGUGAAUAUAGAUCUCUCUCAUAAUUAUUUGGUCGGUUCCAUUCCAAGUGAGAUAUCAAAGCUUAAAGAGUUGGUUGGAUUGAAUUUGUCCCACAACAAUCUAACAGGGACAAUUCCUGCUGAAAUAGGAGAAAUCGAAUCGUUGGAAUCACUUGAUUUAUCUUUCAAUCAACUUUCCGGGCCAAUUCCCAGGAGCAUAUCAAGAUUAAAUUCAUUAGGUGAUUUGAAACUAUCUCGCAACAAUCUCUCCGGAGAGAUUCCUCAAGAGGGUCAUCUUUCCACCUUCAAUGAGGCUUCAAGCUUUGAUGACAAUCCUUAUCUCUGUGGGGAUCCACUUCCAAAGAAAUGUACAACUGAGAAUUCAUUUGAGCCGUCGUUCACAAACAUCGAGAAUCAAGAUGAAGAGGAAGAUAAAUGGGAUAAGUGGUUGCUUUGUAUCGUGAUAAUACUUGGAUAUGUGGUUGGAUUUUGGGGAGUUAUUGGAGUUUUAAUGUUCAAGAGGAGUUUGCCUACGAGACUAAAGACAAGAUUCAUACAACAAUCCAAUGGAGCGUAGAAGGAUUGAAAGGAUUCUGCAUUCACAAAUGAAUAAUAGGUAAUAAAGUUCUUAUUUUAUGGUUGACAUGUUUUCAUCUUCCGUCGCUAUUGAUGUAAUCCUUACUAUCUUAAGUAUGCCAUUGUGCUUAGCUGUUUGUGCUCA